AGUGUUCACACAAAGAAGGAAAUGAAAACAGUCUUUCUGCAAAAUGGCAGAAAUGCAGAGCUUAUUUCAACAAGAUAUUCCCGCAGAUAGAAAACUUCUUUUGGAAAGCUUCACAAACCUCCAAAAAGUGGCAGAAUAUUGUGAGAAUAACUACAUACAGGCUCAAGACAAAACAAAAGCUUUAGAGGAGACCAAGGCCUAUGCCGCGCAAUCUCUCGCAAGUGUAGCUAGUCAAAUCAACAGCUUGGCUGAGAAAGUAUUCAAGUUGUUGGAUCUACAGUCCUUAGAGCUCUCCAAAAUGGAGUCUUCUGUCAACUUCAUAUCUCAGAAAGUAGAGAUGCACAAAGAGAAAGUGGCUCGGCGAGAGAUUGGAGCAUUUGCUGUUGCUAAAACCACAUCAAGGAUGACCAAAAUCAUUCCCCCAGCAAACCCUAUUCAGCGGGAAAAGUACACCAGGAAACCCAUUGUCUAUACGCUCCUAGAUGAUACUGGACAUGGAGUAAAGGAAGUUAGCAAUCAUCCUGUGAGAAGUGGAACUUUGUCACGAAGGUACGGACAGACAAGUAUGACGAGUUCCACUUCACAAGGAACUCUAGGAAGAAGUGCUAAGGGAGCAAGACCUGUUCAGCCUCCUGUGGUCCCAAGUGCAUAUAGCAGUCCCGUGACCAACUCCCCACCAACAGAGGGGUCUCCGAUGCAUAGUAAUAUUGGUAGAAACAAGAAUAGCUGUGGAACUGCGAACGUGGCGAUGCCUGUGUCUGUACCUGUGUCGAUGCCUCCACCACCACCAGCACCAGAAGCUUCAGCAGCAUUUGAACUAGGUGCGAAUGAUCUCCCAGAUGUGCCACCACCUCCUCCAAUGGACCUGCCUCCACCUCCUGCUCCUCCUCCACAGAUUUUCAAUGAGGUCUGUCUGCCUCCUCCUCCCCCCUUACUGUCUGACCCUCCUUCAGUCAAUGAUUGUCCUCCCCCACCACCUCCUCCUCCUGACUUUAUCGUUGACCUUGAUGAAAUGACCCCACCACCACCACCUCCAAUAGACUACUUAGAUGACCCUCAGUGGAUACCAGCUAAUUACAUUGAAAAAGUUGUUGCAUUGUAUGACUACAAAAAAAGCAGUGAUGAUGAUUUGACUUUUAAACAAGGAGAAGUCAUCUACGUAACUGCCAAGAAUGAAAAUGGAUGGUAUGAAGGUGUUAUCAAUGGAGCCACAGGCUUCUUCCCUUCAAACUAUGUACAGCGCUUGGACUAAGACAGCAGGAUACAGAAAGGACAUUGCAUGUUCAUGGGACUGCAAGCAAUGUGUAAAUUAGCCAUGGUAGUAAGUGGUAAUGAUUAUUUAGAAAAUAGUUUUGUUUUUGCAAUAAACACCUCUGGAAGGGAUAUUAAUGUUCGUUCCAUUCUGUGAGUGCUGUUGUUAUUCCUCAAACCUUGAAACUGACUGAAAAUAAAUCUAAAGAAAUGAAAAUAAAUACUUUACCCAGUAAAGCUUGGUGUCUGUUCCUCCAUCUAGCAUUUGAAGCAUAAGAGGUAUUCCACCUCUCACUGGCAAAAAGCAAUUCUAAAUCCUAAACCAACCAAUGAUAAUUAGAAUACGGGCCAGGCCAUCUAUUUACUUCCAUGGAUAAAGUUCCACAGAAACCUGUGAAAGGCAACCAGGACCUGCCAGAGGGGUAAGCUUCCCUGUUAAUUAUACAGAUGAAAUCCUACAAGGGCAGCUUUGACUGAGAGGAAGGCCAUCCUAGAGGGUGUUGGGUUGGUUGAUGGAGCCGCCAGCCGCUUUUGCCAGAUAUAGGGUGGAAAGCUAGGCAUGAGCUUACUAUCCAGUACUGGUGGUUAGCCAAUUUGAGUGCCCAAAGACUGUGACACUGUUGGCAUCUUCUUGGUUGAGGACAGGUCGCCAGCUGAAGUCAGAGUCAGAGAGAUGCCUAGAGUAGGUUUACCAGUGGGUGGCCUAUGAGAUGUAUUAGCACCUAGCAGGGCUGUGAGAAUUAGGAGGCAAUGCAACAAAAUUGAGACGUCUUCAGAUGGACUCUCAAGAUGCAGGACCUGUUGUGGUCCACCUCAGCAACAGAAACAGUGCCAGCAUCCACCUCUGCCAGUAAGGAUGCCAGCCUUCCAACGUUGCAGGACCGUUAGUUAGGUCUGCAGCCUCAUGAUCCUGCCUGCUAUCCUUAACUAGACAUAGGAUAUGAGAUAGUUGAUCAGGAGGCAAUGUUCACAAGAUCACAGCAGAGGGUGCGCUAUCAAUAAGUACUAGGACAGGAUCCAGAAAUGCUCUCAACUGUUGACUAUUAUUGAGAUUCCACCCCUAACUUCUGAACUCAGACCUGCAAAUGAAAGACAAAAAAAUCUUUGGUCAAAUCCAAAACUAAAAUUUCAGAAGUAAAAAUUUUGUAUUUUUAAUAAUUAAAAUGAGCAAUAUGUAAAAAGAUGGCCUAAUUCACCAUGUUGUAGAUUCUUGUUCGUUUCUGACACCGAAUUAGUUUCAUAAAAAUCUGUAUCUUGGUAAUAUUAAUGAUAAGCCUAACUUGAAAAGAUUUCCUGAAUUGCUCAACAUUUUGGAAAUCUAAAAUUCUGUGCAUGUAAUAGAGCUCAAAAUCGAAUUUUUAUUUGUUUAAUGCCUUCCACAAACUCAGGAUAUCUGAAAGUGCUUGACAGUGACUGAAGAAAUUUUUUAAAAGUGUAUUCACUGUUGUAAAGUAGAAAAUGCAGCAGGCAACUUGCACAUAACAAUAUCUCCCAAAUAGCAAUAUGCCAAUGACUGUAUACUGAAAUAAUUUUAGACGGGGCUGUAUCACGAAUCAGUGUAGACUGUCAUUGUUAUUCUCCAAAGAAAUGCUAACACCAAUAAAGUGUAAAUAUUUUAAUAAUAUACAGACUUAACUAACAAAAUAAAGUGUGAAUUCAUUUUUAAAAAAUCAGCUAGUAGCAGGUGUAGACUUAGAACAGCAAGACUGUUGGUAACGUAUGACAGUAAUGCACCUCAACAAGUGAAACCUUUAAGUUGUGGUUUCUGUUUAAUAAAAUAAAAUCUCCCUUAAUUCUGAUUAUGGUAAAUAAUCAAUACAAAUAGGGCUAUGAAAUGAUCUGAUUAUAAGUAGUUUGUUCUUCUUGAUUAGUGUUUGUGAAAGGGAGAGUAUGUACUUUAGCUUCAGAAAAUUGAAUUACUAAAUUACAUCAAAUCUCUCAUGCAAAAUAACUUUAAUUUACCACUUCAUCUUUUAAUCUGCUGCGAAUAAAUUUAAAACUUUUUAAAAAUCAUAUCCUUGAAUAAAUCAUCAACAGCAUUCUAAAAUUGUUAUUGCAAUUGUUAUUGCUCCAUUUGUCAGUGCUGGGUACAAUGUGAAUGACUAUGUGCAUGAAGCAGGGUUGAACGUUAUGCAGUGGUUAUUGCAGAGUCCAAGAGGCUGGUACUGGAGAGUUGAGUUAAUGUUGCAGUUGCAUGCUACAGACAUAAUGAUGUUCAUUUGAAGUUUUUGAUUGCAUCUUCAGCACUUGAGUGGUAAUGUCCUUUGUUUCAUUUCAACUGGCAACGUCUUCCCGUAAUAGCAUAUUGUGCUAUUUCCACAAGCCCCAUAUCCACCCCCCCCGCCCCCAUACUAACCGAGCUCUUGUACUUGAUGCUGAAUCAAUUGCCUCCUCGUUAAUGUAUACCAACAGAGAAAAGUUAAUGCUGUUGCCAAUGAGCAACUGCACCUAGUUGGUUGUCUGUUUUAAUACAUGUUUCCACUCACAAUGAAGAUGAUUAAGUAAUUCAUUUGUUCAUCAAGCCUGAAGCCUGCACAGCUGUAAAUGAGUUGUUGAUCUUAAACCAGCCUAAACAACUAUACUGCUAUUUAUUUUAAAAAUUACUAGUAGGUAUUAAGUAACUAUCCUCUACUGAAUCUACUUUGGUGGGGUAAAUGACCCUUCUUUCAUCAGGGAUGGUGACUGUAGUUUCGAAUGUGAGUUUUCUUUGCUGUAUUUUUCUUUGUAAAUCAACUCUACAGACUAUAUUUGCUGUAGUAUGUUUAAACAGUAGCUAUGUAAAUAAAUUUUGAAUCCUACCAUAAUUUCUGCCCCAUCUACAACUCAUUGAUGCAGUGAAGUCAGUAGACACACUAGUUUAUCUAUGUAAGCUGAGUACACUAUGGAGUUUCCCCACCACUGGAUUCUCCCAUGCUAAAAUGUAAAAUAUUUUUCUUUCCUUGUUCUGUUUUAAUUUUUACUGAUAUUCCCUCUUAUUUCCUGACUGUGCUCCAGGUGAAAGAUGUAAAUAAAGUUUAGUUUUUUUUUAAAGCACAGAAAUUAGUGUUGGCAUUGUUUUAGACUGCUGUGUGGGUUUCUAUAUAUUGACACAAAUGUUAACCUGUCUGCUUUAAAAUGAAUAAUACUAAGAUAAUGGGUGAUGGAAUAUUGUUGACCAUUUUAAGAAUUUGGCCUACUAGUACAUGCCAUCAGUAAUUUCUAUGCUGCACAAUAUAAAAUGAUUUUUAUAUAUCUGAUUAACACACUGAGUACUGAAAGAAUUUUUGUACCUUUUGUAUAACACCUGCAAAAAUAAAUUUUCUAUACAUGAUAGUAGAAUUAAAUUAAUGGAAUAUUUUAUAUUUCAGUCCUUAAGUGAUAUAAUUACAUUCUACUUCAUUUCUGUAAUAAUGCAGCAGUGCCCAUUAAAGGGAAAUGAAUUGUAACAUUUCAUGGGCAUAUCCCUUGUGAUCAGUCACUUGAUUUGAAUAAAGAGACAUUUGGAAUAAUUCAAUAGGAUUA